UUGGUUGUCUUUGUUAUGCACAUUCUCAUGGCCCAAAUAGAGACAAAUUUGCUUCACGAGGAAUAAAGAGUGUUUUUUGGGAUAUGCCUAUUCUCAAAAGGGAUGGAGAUUGUACGAUCUUGAAGGACAACGUUACUUUUUUUUUGGAUGAAUUGUAAAUUUGUAUUAACACCCAAAGAAAAACUAUACAUCAAAAAGUUCUAGAUCUCCUAAAAACCCCCCACCCCUACCUAGUGUAGGGGUUAGGAGAGGUUUUUUUCUGAUCUAAUUCAGAGUAGAAAUCAAAAGGGGCCUAAGUAUAUAAUACUAAAUGCCCUAAACCUUACAAAAAUAAACCAGUGCUGCAAGCAUGCACGCACAUAGAUCAAGCAGAGUCAAAAAAUCAGGCUAUAGUUAAAGGAGGUUGUAACACAUUCUCCCUUAACCCAAAAAUCAAAAACAGAAUGCGUGAUGCAAGUUGCAUCCACGUUACUCCACAAAACAUCAUAUGCCGCGUCUUCAAUAGUUGUAGUCCAGCACCCAUCAUCAAAAUUUGAUCAUCUCACACGGGUAUAUAUUGAAAAGUAUCUUAUAUACCACGUGUUUAAUCUUUGCAACAAUUUCGUCUUCACUCUUGCUUGCAUCAUCAAAUCGGCUAGCGUUCCUAGCAUGCCAAAUGUGGUAGAUUGUAGCGCAAAAGGCUGCCCGAACUGCUUUCCCCUUCAACUUUGACCCCUUAUGCUCCUUCAAGAUCCACUUGACCGAGCUAGACAUCGUAGUCAUUUGAUGCGUCAUCCCUAGCCAAUUCUUGAUUCGCUCCCAUACCCUACAAGUGAAAGGGCAAGCAAAGAAAAGGUGUGGCAUUGUCUCCAAGCCACCCUUGCAAAGAUCACAUCUAUUCACUAUAUGCAAAUAUUCAAGAUUAUCCUGAGUAGGUAACCUAUUCCGGAAAGCAAGCCAUACAUUAAAAGAAAACUUGGGAGGGAUAUAAGAUUUCCAAAUAAAGCUCAUCCAUACCCUAACCGUCCCUUUUGUUCUCAACAAUUCAUAAAUUUUGCUAGAAAUCAACUUACCAUUGACGGAUCUAGAGGCUAAACCCAUUAUGGUAUCAUUUUGGUUAUUAAAAUGUCCUUUAAUUUUGUCCCUUAUUGAGGCCAAACUCUUCAUGAAAGUCGAAUCCCGGCUAUGUGGGACAAAGUCCCACACGCUUUUACCAUUGAGGUAAACGCCAUUGACUCAUUUCACCCAAAGGGUGUCCUUUUUAAGGUGGACAUCCCAAAGCGUUCGGGACAGAAGGGCUUGAUUCCACACCUUGGCAUUUCGUAUGCCAAGCCCCCCUUCCUCCUUAGGAAGGCAUAUAUCAUCCCAUGCCACUUUGGCAUAUUUCCCUCCCCAAAUAAAAACUCUACAAAUUGAAACGAUACGAUCCAGGAUAGUCCGCGGCACGGGGAAGACUUGUAGCCAAAAAGAUUGGACCCCCUGGAUCACCGAUCUAAUUAACUCAAUCUUCCCGGCAUAUGUAAUGGAUUUCCUAUUCCAAGCGUUUAAAAAUUCUAAAAUCGUGUCAAGUAGCGGGGCAUAUUGUGCCACCGAGACCUUGAGUGGGGCAAGGGGAAUUCUAAGGUACUUGAUCGGGAAUUCACCCUGCCCGACCGGGAAUUCACCCUGCCCGAAAUCAAUAAUAUCCAAAAUGUUUUGCAAUUCACUCUCGUAGACACCCCAACAAAAAUGUUCGACUUGUUAUAAUUCACCCCUAGGCCCGAUGCGUCCCCAAAAUCUUGUAGGGCUUUGACAAGAACUGUAAUGGAAGCCUUAGCGCCACUAGAGAAUAACAUUAGGUCAUCCGCAUAGGCCAAGUGUGAAAUAUUAAGAGAAGCACAUUUCGGGUGAAAAUUAAAAUUCUUUUCCUUGGUUUUCAAAUUAAGAAGUCGAGAAAAGUAUUCGAGACAAAGCACAAACAAGAGAGGAGACAUAGGGUCUCCUUGUCGUAUGCCCCUUUUCCCUUCAAAAAACACAUAUAACGACCCAUUUAAAGAAACUGAAAACGAGGCCAAUGUCACACACUCCAUAGUCCAUUCAAUGAAUGUCGAAGGGAAGCCCAAGCCCUUGAGAACCGCUUCAAGAAACUCCCACGAGAUAGUAUCAUAGGCCUUUCGCAAAUCCACCUUAAUCAUAUAUCUCGGUGAGAUUCGCUUCCUCGAAUAUCCUCUAACAAGUUCCUGGGCCAGAAAAAUGUUAUCAAUCAUGAGGCGGCCAUCCACAAAGGCACCUUGAGCAUGAUCAAUUAAUCCCGGAAGACACGGAAUCAAUCUAGUCGCAAGUAUCUUAGUGAUGAUCUUAUAUAUCACAUUUGUACACGAUAUGGGUCUAUAGUCGGAUACCUUUGGAGAAUGAUUCGUUUUAGGGAUAAGGGCUAUAAUAGUAUGGUUAAUCUGUUUUAGCAACUUCCCUGAACGAAAGAACUCCUUAACGUCCAGGACUAUGUCAUUCCCAAUCACAUCCCAAUUAGCCUUAAAGAAAGCCGAUGAACAGCCAUCAGGCCCCGGAGCCUUAUCAUUGCCAAUGUCAAAUAGGGCAUUUUUAAUGUCCAAAGAGGUAAUCGGGGAAAUGAGGCUCUCAUGGGCACUUGGCUCAAUUUUUGGACCCGAGGGUAAAACCGAAGGGUCCAGGGCAUUGCAUUCACUAUGUGUUCCAAAUAAAUCAACAAAGAAGUUAACAAAUUCAUUUCCAACUUGAUCUAGAGAGGUAGUUAGCGUACUGACAUCCAAAGUAAGUGAAGAUAUAGUGUUUCUUGCCAAAUUCCUAUUAACGAUUGCAUGGAAAUACUACGUGCACUUGUCCGCUUCGAGAAUAUGUGUUGCCUUAGCCCUUUGUUGAAAAAAGGUUGCUUUGGCUUCACCAAGAAAAACAGCCCUCUUAGAAGCUUCGGACAAUUGGCCCUUAAGUUCUAGAUCCCCGGGAUCUUGAAGCGCCAACUUAUGCAAUCGCUUAAAUUCAUCCUUUUCCAUCCUUGCUCUAUUAGAUAUGUGGCCAAACUCCAUGACAUUCAAAGACUUCAGAGGUCUUUUGAGUCCCCUUAGCCUUUUUACCAAGGAGAAUUGAGUCGUUCCAACAUAAUUCUGGCUCCAAUGUGUGGCUAAAAUGUUAGCAAAAUGCGGAUGUUUUCACCACAUAUUAAAAAAUUUGAACGGCUUGGGUCUAGAAGAGGAGUUUAGGAGUAUUGACACAACGGAGGCCGUAUGGUCAAACUCUACCUCCAUUUCGUGGAAUGGACCCUACACCCAAUACCGUUAAGUCCCCAUCCAUCAUUAAUUAAUACUCUGUCGAGUUUAGCCCAAAGUGCACCUUUAUUCAAGGUUGUAAGGAAUAUUUGUAAUUAGAUUUUGAUGAUGCUAGAUUAAUUAGGACUUUAGAGUACCCCUCUUCAGAUUUAAUGUAUUAGAUUUUCCUUUGUAAAAUUCCUUAGCAUAAUCGACUGAGCAGAAGACCUACAGAACAGAAGACCUUCUAAAGCAGAAGGGCUCCAAGGGCAGAAGACCCUUGAUAAGGCAUUAGUUGAACAGAGGACCUUUGGUUCUCUGCUUCAGAACAGAAAACCUCAGGGUCUCUGUUAACCUUUACUCUGACAGAAACCCUCCUGGUUCUCUGUUGGAUAUCCUCUCAACAGAAGUGCUCCAGACCUUCUCUGAUCAACUCUCUGUUAAAGACACCAGAAGGCCUGACACUUAGAAGAAUUCCACAAAUCCGGGAAAUCAACGGGAAGAUUCCUUCAACGGCUAGGAGACUUGAACGGAAAUGCUACACUGCACGCAUUAAAUGCACAUUUAAUGCUCCCCAUGCUCCGUAGAGUAAUUGCAGAUGAUUGGCCGCAAUGUCAGAAUUACUUUAUCCCAAAAUAGUAACCCGCCAACUUUACCGGGUCCUACUGGUCAAGUCAACUGCUCGCUCAUUUAAUGCAGUUGUCCUCCUUCUCCUCCAACGGGAAGACAACCUCAGUAUAAAAGAUACACUACGAAGAACAACUGGAUAACUUUGCAACUUCGCUAACCUUUGCUACAACUCUGCAUACAAGAAAUUCAAACGCUACAAAGCAAAAAGCCUCCUUGAAAUUAACACUUCAUCAUCCUCUACAAGAGAAGGCAAAAGUUGGAAAAAUCCUUAUUUCCAACUCAAGCAAAGUUCCAAGUGUUCUUCAACUCUUCAAGCUCAUCACAUACAAACUCUUUGUAACGAAGCAAGUUGGAGGAACCCCUGUUCUAAAUAGAACCUCUUCUUUCACAAGAAGGACGUCCAAGUACCUAGAGUUGUGAAGUGGUGAUACUUCUGGGAAAGCUCAGUGAAAGGACCAGUCUUAGGGAAGCCGGAAGUGCAUCCAAGAAGACAUCUACACUUGAAGAAGACGUGGAGAGCUUCUUAAGUGAUAGGGCUAAGGCAUUGUAAACGGAAGUUUUUACAGCUUAGUGGAACAGUGGACUAGAGGAACAAGUUGUUCCUUGAACCACUAUAAAAAGCCCUGGUGUCAUUUACUUACUGCUUUUCAUUCAUAGUUUUUAUUUGAACCGUUUGACUCCAAAGACUUGGUAUCUGUGUUCAACAGAACUGGUCUUGUGAGUUAACAGAAGGCCUACUGCCUUUGCUUCUCUGAGGCUAUUAACAUAACUCCCUACCAGAACCCCAUCCGCUGCCAGUCUGUUCUGCCAACAGAACAGGCUAUUCUGUUAAAUCUGGUACUUAGCUUGAAAAAGUUAAAAACACCAAUACAGUCUAUUCACCCCCCCUCUAGACUGUAUCCAGUACAACCGGGACCAACAAGUGGUAUCAGAGCCUCCUUGUUCUAAUAAUCUCUUAGGUUAUUUCCUGAACAAAGAUCCACUUGUUUUUCUGUUUUACCUCAUUUUUAUAUUAUAUAAUGGAUCACUCCUUGUCCAAGAAUCUUAUGUUUUCUGAUUUUAAGUUUGAUGAUUGGAGGAUCCGGAUGAAGGCACAUCUUUGUGCUCUUCAUGAUGAGAUGUGGGAAGUACUUGACAUAGGACCCUUCACAAGCUUCCAGAAGGUCAACCCAGAACAUGCUAUUGACAACACUAGACCUCAGAUAAUCAAUAAGGCCAAAUCUGAGUGGACAAAUGAAGAGAGAAGGAAGUACAAUCUGGACAACAUUGCUAAGGACAUCCUUUACAAGUCCAUUGAUGAUAGGUACUUCAACAGAAUAAAGAAGUGCAAAACUGCAAAGGAAAUCUGGGAUACUCUUGAGCUCAUUGGAGCUGGUGAUGAGCAAGAGAAGGACAACAAGCUGACAAUAGCCAACAAGAAGUUUGAUGACUUCAAACUUCUCCCUGGUGAAAGCAUCUCCAAGAUGUAUGACAGGCUCCUCACUCUCACUGGAGAGAUCUCUAAGCUUGGCAAGGAACUCACCACCAAAGAGAUCAACCUGAAGGUGUUGAGGGGACUGCCCUCGGCAUGGAAGAUGAAGGUGGUUGUUGUCCAAGCCAGCAAGGAUGUGAAGACUUAUCCCACUGAUAAGCUCAUUUCAGAUCUCAAGGCUCAUGAGUUUGAAAUGAUUGAAGAAAAGGAAGAUGUACCAGAAGAGAGGACCACUACUGCCCCCACUGCCAGCACAUCAAAGGUAAAUGAUUUUGACCCUUCAGUACUUUUAUCUGACGAAUAUAUGGCUGCUUUUGCUAGGAGAUUCAAGAAGUUCAUGAAGAAUCCCAAAGAUGGAAGAAGUCCAUCAUUCAACAAAAAGCCAUUCCAGAAGGUCAAAGCAACAGAGAGCAGUGGUGAGCUUCUCUGUUACAACUGCAGACAACCUGGACACUUCAAAGCAGAAUUUCCACAUCCAAGAGUGUCCAAGAAACAAGGGCAUGAUGGAGAAAAGAAGAAGUAUGAAGACAACUCCAGAAGGAGAAAGGCACUUGUGACAAAACAACUUGAGAAAGACCCUCUGUCAGAGACAGAAUCCAGUUCUGACUCAGAUUCUGAUGAGGCCUUCUGUUGCCUUGAUACUGAGACAGAAGACCUAUGCCUCAUGGCUCAUUCUGAUGAUGAGGUAACCUCUACUUCUGAAUCUAGUUUUUCUUCGGUAGGCUUAGCUUUUGAUUCUGAUUAAAUGUCAGAAUUUUGGGAAGAGUUUAAGGCCAUACAAGCCACUUAUUCCUCUGUAACAGAAGAAAACAGUAAGUUGAAAGCUGAAAUUCUUGACUUAAAGAAGGAGGUUGAGAUCAAAAUCAAUCUUCUAAUUAAGGAAAGAGAUCAGCUAGAAACUGAAAAUGUUUCUCUUCUCAAGAGAAUAAGAGAAAUAGAGCCUCUCGAGAUUAAGUACAAAGCUUACCAGAAGGCCCAGUCUUCCAUGGAAAAGAUUGUACUUGAUCAACAAAUUGGCACUGGCUUUGGUCUUGGUUAUGGCUCAACAGAAUCAGAUGAGCCUUCUGUAAUGCCUAGCACCAGUGUUGCUAAGGCAGAUAAGGUCAUAGUGCCACUGAUUUCUAGCCCCAUUUGUCAAGCUGGUGUAUCUGGCACCAAGGUUGUUCGUGAGGAAGUCAGACCAGAAAAGGGAAAGAUAAAGGUUCAACAUAAACCCUUUUUGAAAAAUAAUGAACCUGGCAGAAAACCUAACAACAGAAAAGGUUUUCAAGAUAACAAAAAUAAGAGACCAUUCAUUGACAGACAACCUCAUGACAAUCGUGCCAGAAAUGAUCACCAGAAGGGCAAAUAUCAAGAGAGGGUUAACCUUAGGCAGAAGAGGUUGGCUGGUCAACUUCAGAAGCCCAAACUAACCGUCCCUCUGCUCUUGAUAGUGUAUGGGACUUCUUUCCAACAAAGAAAGCUAUGCAAAAGUAUGUAAACAGGAAGCAUGACCCUCACAAGCAUCUGCCCAAAGUGAAUCACACUUCAGUUAAUAUAACUACCAGGUGGACAAUGGGUACCACCCACCAAGGUUUCACCUGAUGAGACCAAAAUGGUACCAACUACCCAGACUCCAUGACCACCCAGGUUCCAGCAUUGCUUGGGUACCUAAAUCUUACUUUUGAUCUUGCAGGAACUAUGUGCUGGAGCUAUCUCAGAGCAAGAAUGGUUUAUUGAUAGUGGAUGCUCCAGGCACAUGACAAGUGACCGAAGUUGCCUAACCGAGUUCCAGAAAUGCAAAGGACCUAGAGUUACCUUUGGAGGUAAUGACAAAGAAGGUCAAACAAAAGGAAGAGGAAAGCUGAUCAAGAACCAAAUAGUCAUUGAUGAUGUCUCAUAUGUCAAAGGACUGAAGUUCAACUUGCUAAGUGCUAGACAAUUCUGUGACAAAGGCUACACUGUUGAAUUCACAAAGGACUUCUGUUAUGUAAAGCAUGAGACAGCAAAGUAAGUGGUUCUUACAGCAUCAAGGAAGAAGAACAUCUAUGUGGUUGAUUGGAACACAGCAAAGGAUGGAGUGUGCCUGAUAGUCAAGGGAGAUUCAAAACUAAGCUGGGACUGGCACAAGAAGCUUAGCCAUUUGAACUUCAAAACAAUCAACAAAUUGGCAAGAGAACACAUUGUUGAUGGACUGCCAGACAUAGUCUACAAGAAAGAGACCCUCUGCAGUGCAUGCCAGAAGGGAAAGAAACAGAAGAACUCUUUCAAACCUAUUACUGGAGAUCUUUCUACAAGUCCUCUAAAUAUGAUCCACAUGGAUUUAUUUGGACCUGUUGAAACUCCAAGCGUUGGUGGCAAGAAAUAUACCCUAGUCAUGGUUGAUGACUAUUCCAGAUAUACAUGGACUAUCUUUCUGUCAAAGAAAAAUGAAACUCUUCAGAAGUUGUCAUCUCUGUUAAAGCAACUUCAGACUGAGAAGAACUUGAAGGUUAAGACAAUCAGGUCUGACAGAGGAACUGAAUUUGUCAACCAAGUCAUAAAGGACUUCUGUGAUCAAAAUGGAACCUUUCAUCAACUCUCUGCCGCCAGAACCCCUCAACAGAAUGGCGUAGCAGAAAGGACUCAAGGAGAAACAGGACUUUAAAAGAAGCUGCAAGAACAAUGAUUGCAGUAUCUGGUCUACCUAUGAGAUAUUGGGCUGAAGCAAUCAACACUGCAUGCUACACUCAGAACAGAAGCAUGAUCAACAAGAAUCACCAGAAGACCCCGUAUGAACUCUGGAAAGGAAGAAACCCAAACAUCAGCUACUUUCAUGUGUUUGGAUGCAAGUGCUACAUUCUUAACAAUGGAAAAGAGCAUCUGAAAGUCUUCCAAGAAAAGGCUGAUGAAGGUAUCUUUAUAGGCUAUUCAAACACCAGUAAAGCCUAUAAAGUACUCAACAGAAUGACCCUACAUGUUGAACAAUCUAUACAUGUGAAGUUUGAUGAAAGCAUCUCUGUUAAAGAGGUAACAGAGAUCCUCAAGGAAGUCAGCAUAGAAAACAGAACACCAGAACCAACAGAAGAGGUAGCAGAUAACCUUGCAUUUCCAACACCUGCACCAAACCCCCUUUUGUUGAAUGAAGAUGGAGACUCAGAAGAUGAAGAACAAGAAAGACCCAGACAGCAACUGACAGAACCUGAUCUGACAUGGUUAAGAGACCAUCCCCCUAAUCAAGUAAUUGGACAUAUCAGAAGUGGUGUGCAGACCAGAUCAGCUUCAACAAGGAGAGAAGCAAUGCUUGUCUGCUAUAUAUCUCAGAUGGAACCCAUGACUGUGGAAGAAGCUCUUGCAGACUCAGAUUGGAUCAAUGCAAUGCAAGAAGAGCUGACUCAAUUUGAAAGGAACAAAGUAUGGGAACUUGUUCCUAGGCCAAAGCACCAGAAUGUCAUUGGAACCAAAUGGGUGUUCAAAAACAAAGCUGAUGAAGAUGGAAACAUUGUAAGGAAUAAAGCAAGGCCGGUAGCUAAAGGUUAUUGCCAAGAAGAGGGAAUAGAUUUUGAUGAGACCUUUGCACCAGUUGCCAGACUUGAAGCCAUCAGAAUCUUUCUAGCUUAUGCUGCAUACAACAACAUCAAGGUCUACCAGAUGGAUGUCAAGAGUGCAUUUCUGAAUGGAGAUCUUGAAGAAGAAGUUUAUGUGGAACAACCACCAGGUUUUGUCAUUCCUACUCACUCCUCCUGUGUCUACAAGCUUAAAAAGGCCCUUUAUGGUCUUAAGCAAGCUCCCAGAGCAUGGUAUGACACAUUGUCCCUUUUCCUAGUGAACCAUGGGUUUACUAAAGGAAAGGUUGACAAAACUCUAUUUCAAAUCUCUGUUGCUAAUCAUAUUCUGUUAGUACAAAUAUAUGUUGAUGAUAUUAUAUUUGGUAGUACUAAUCCAGAAUUGUGCAAGAAAUUUUCACAAGUGACGCAGAGUCAAUUUGAAAUGAGUAUGAUGGGAGAACUCAGCUACUUCCUAGGACUUCAAGUCAAACAAGUUCCAGAAGGAAUCUUUAUCAAUCAAGGGAAGUAUACCACAGACCUGAUCAAGAAAUUUGGAGUGGAAGGCAAAUCCUCAGUGAAGAUUCCCAUGAACACCUCUCAAGGAAUUGGUCCGGAUGAUGAAGGAAAGGAUGUCGAUGCAACAACAUACAGAGGAAUCAUAGGAUCUCUGCUGUAUCUGACUGCAAGUAGACCAGACAUCUCUUUCUUUGUUGGAAUCUGUGCCAGAUACCAAUCAAAGCCCAAGGAGAGCCACCUUAGUGCUGCAAAGAGAAUCAUCAGAUAUAUCAAAGGAAAUCCAAAUGCAGGCCUAUGGUAUCCUAAGGGAGGUAACUUUGAACUAAUUGGUUACUCUGACUCAGAUUUUGCAGGUUGCAGAUUAGACAGGAAGAGCACCUCUGGUCACUGCCAAAUGCUAGGAGGAAGGCUUGUUUCCUGGUUUAGCAAGAAGCAGAACUCAAUCUCAACAAGUACAGCAGAAGCUGAGUACAUUGCAGCUGGGAGUUGUUGUGCUCAGUUACUCUGGAUGAAGCAACAGUUGAAGGAUUAUGGCAUUCAAGCAAAGGAGAUCAAACUGCUGUGUGACAACACCAGUGCCAUUGCCAUCACUCAGAAUCCAGUUCUUCACUCCAGGACAAAGCACAUUGAGAUCAGACAUCACUUCAUCAGAGAUCAUGUUGAAAAGAAGCACAUUUGCAUGGAACAUGUGCCAACAGAAGACCAGCUUGCAGACAUUCUGACAAAGCCUCUUCCUGAGGCUAGAUUCAACAAACUGAGAGAGGAAUUGGGGAUGAUGGAUGAAAUCCCAAGAGAAAGUUGAAAAGGAAGGCCCUCUGUUGCUAAAUCUCUGUUAACAGAAUACCUGUUGCAGAACCCCUUCUGUUAACCCCCUUCUGUUCUCUACCCUGGCAGAACACCUCAGCAACAGAAACCCUCUCUUCCUUCCUAUAGAAAACCUCCUCUUAUAUCUAACAGAAGGUUGUGGACUUAGAAAAUUCUGAAAACCGGGUGAGCUAGCAAAUUAUUAAAGGUCUUUUACCCUUUUACCCUUAAAACGGUAUACAGCCGCAUAAUAUUUACUGCGCCCCUUUUUACAUUUAUUGGUACCUCGGAACCGUAAAUUAUCUCAAACGUCCACUAACCCGUACCCAUAUAUUCCCCUCUUUUCAACCUAAAUCUCUACUGCUUCCAUUACUCUCAAGCUUUUGAACUUUCAUCUCUCCAAAACUCUCAAUCGCCAAAAACGACCAUGGCUUUCUUGAGCUUCACUAAUCUUACCAAGGAACAAAAAGCAACCCUGCUCAAGAAUGUUUUGACAGGAAUGAAAUGCGAACUGGAUGUUCUACCCAGAUUCGCUGAGAAAAAGGAGAGGAUGACCACCAUUAUUGACGGACUGACCGAGUGUCAACUGAGCAAGGUCAUCACCCAUGCUUAUGAAGUUUACAGCAACAUCGACACUGUUGAGUUCUAUCUCAACGCAUCCUUCAAGAAUGAAACCAUCACCUCCAGUGUCCAAGGAGAAGAAAUUUUGGUUGAUGCUGACGUCAUCAACAAGGUCUUUGAUAUUCAACUAGAGGAAGGCAGGGCCUCUCUAUUUGAUUUGGAGGAAGCUGACGUCACUGUACCUGAAUUCUAGAGCAAUUUUUGCAGAAAAGGAGAAGAAGUGGAGAAGGUGAAUAUCAAAAAGAAUUUGCUCAAGAAGGACUUUGAGCUGCUCAUCAACAUAUUUCACAAAUGUGUGUGGUGCAAAUUCACCUCUACUGAUGAUGUCACUACUGCAAAUGCUAAGGCUCUGUAUGCAGUACAUCAUGGGGUGAAUGUCAACUGGGGUCAGGUAAUGGUUCGAUCCCUGAUUGAAUUUAUCAAGAAGAAGAACCCCAAGACAGGCCUUUAUUCUGGGAAGUUAGGGCAUGGACUGCUCAUCUCAGCACUGCUCCUCAAUCAAGGUGCAACCUUGAGGAAGGCCACACCCCUGGAUCACACCAAGGUAAUCUUCCUGUCUGCCUCUCCAAAGAGGGAAAAAGCUAUAAAGGCAGAGCUGAAGAGACAGAUUCAGCUUGAUAUUAAAAGACAAAAAGGAGAGAAGGUGCAGAAACCCCUCUCUGAAGCCCCUUCUGUUGAAAAGAAGAAGAAGAAGGCCAAGAAGGCAGAACUGGUUGCACCUCCAACCAUGAAGGCUGGACAGAAGAGGAAGAGGAUCUCAAAAACCAAAAAGAAGGUUGCUAAACCUUUGGUCACAAUGUCUGAGGAAGUGACAGACAUUUAGGGGGAACCAGAGAUCCCCACCUCUGUUGCCUCUCCUGAACAGAAUAGGGUGACAACAGAGCACCCCAGUAGUGACAAAGAAGGGUAUCUGUCCUUGCUGGAUAGACAGUUUGUCCGGGUUCUUGAAUGGAGAAGAUGGAGAAUGGGACCCCUUCACAAAAUCAUCCAAUACUUUGAUCACUAUGAGCCUGAAGAAGAGGCCAUCCUGAAGUGGGUAGGCACUGAUGAUGUCUCCAAAUGCUUUGCCCUCAAUUUCCUUCAUUCUGUUCUUGAAAAGAAGAAGGCAGGCUACAAGGGAAAGGCUGUCCUCAUAUCCUCACCCUCAGAAGAGACAGUCAAACCUCUGGAAGAAGGAGAAAUAGAAGCUUUUGAAGAAUGGCUCUUUGCCAAAAUGGCAACAGAAUCUGUUCAACCUAACUUCAACCCAGGAGAGCCCUCUGUACCUAAGACAGAAGGGCAAGCUAUGAUGGAACGCAUCAAGGAGUGGAGGACUUCUUUGCUUGAAGACAAUAUAAUUGAGGUGAUUUCUCCAACCCCUUAUGUUCAUAUCUCAACAGAACCCCAUAUCCCCUCACCCCUUAUUAUCACAGAAACUCCUUCAACACAAACCCCUCCACCAGAAAACCCUCAACCUCAUUCCCCUGAACAGAAAACCCCCACCUCUUCUCACUCAUCCAAAAAGAAAAACAAAUCACCUUGCAGAGAAAUUAUUCCCUUCAGAAACCGCUCCCCUUCACCACCACCAUCUCCUCUUCAACUGAAUGCCUCCCCUCAACAAAACACCCCUUCUCCCCAACCUACAUCACAGCACCAGAACUCAAUCCCGCAACAGCAAUCCACCUCCACUCAAACUCAUCCUCACCCUCACCCGCAGCAAAUUCUCCCAGAACAUCUCUACACUCUGCUGCAUCUACACCCAAAAGACAGCCUCUUCACCGCAUUUUAUCCUCAGAGAGUGACAAUGGCUUUCUGACAUCUUCACUUGCUGGAGAUCUCACUUCAAAGCGCCAACCUACUCCUCCCAGAGGACCUUCGCCCAAGAAACCCUCUCUGUAGCAGACCAGAAGGCCUCCCAUGCACAAAUCUAGAGGACUAGGAAUGCCAGAGCCUGAACAAUCUAUACCUCAGAUUCCCUUGAACAAGUUUGUUGAAACAGCAGAGGAAUUUGGUGGCCAAGUCCUCCAAGGCAUGGACAAGCUCAUCCAGAUCAAUGACAAGCACUUUGAGCACCUUGCUCAUGUAAAUGAUAAUCUCAAUUCUGGGAUGCAGUUCAUAUCAGAUCGCUUUGAAAAUCUCACAGAAACACUCCACAAUUUCAUGGCCUCCUCCUCUGCCAGAACAGAUGCACUGUCAACAGAAGUGGUAGGUAUCCACAAGACCCUCUCUGUCUUUCAACAAACUCUUCUCAGUCAAGGACAGGCAAUCAGCACAAUCUCAGAGAAUCUUGAGGCUUUGCAAAAAUCUGAUGCCAGAACUAAGAGGCAACUGAUCUCCAUCGAGGAAAUGUGCAGAGCUCACCAAGAUCAAGCUCAACAUCUUCUCUCUGCUGACAGAGACAGAUACCAGAAGAUGGUACUGCUUGAAGCCAACAACAAGGACAUCUUCUCUGCUAUUCAGAAGCAGCAAGGGCUAAUAGAAGUCCUUACUUCUGUAACUCAGACCCUAGCAGAGGCCCUUGAGCAGAUAGCCUCCUCUCAGGCCUCAGAGUUUCAGAAGAUCAGCAUGAUGCUAGAGGACUUACAUGAUGCCAAAAAGGGGGAAGAGGACCCUCAACAAACUAGGCCUCGAUCCAACAGAACUUCUGCUAGAACACCAUCCUCUGCUAAACCUAUAGUAGAUCCUGCUCCUUACUUUGAAGCUGCCUUACAGAAGAAGAGAGCAGCAGGUAUACCUAGACCCCCAUCUCCAGCAAAGAAAGACACUAAGAAGAAGAAAAUCCUCAGCUUUACUGAAUGGAGAUUUGGUGGAUCCCAGAGAAUUGACAGAGCUCAAUUUGAAGAAAUGAAGGUAAAAAUGACUCUCACCCAACAACAGAAUCUCUUUCUGGAUAAAGAUGGUGUUGUACGAGUCAGAUAUGGGGGAUCCUUAGAAGAAGCUGAAGAAUGGUACAAGAAGAAUAUUGUCCCUGGCAAGACAGUACAUGAAGGUGUUCUCAGCUAUCUGGAUUGCAAGCUCUCUCCCAUAUGGGCAUCUUAUCAAAGCUCUGGCAAUCUAUCUAAGAUCAGAGCAGAAAUUAAUGAAGAGCUGCUAAGGCUUCAAAGAUUGGAAGAAGAAGCUCUGCAAGCAGCUAAUAUGGAGAAUGUGUAAGAAAUAUCUCUGAAAAACAUAUCUAAUAAAAUCACAUCUCUUCCUUUUCACUUUGUAAGGCUUUUCGUCAUUUCCUGUCUCUUUGCUUUCUGUCUGUGUUUGCUUUUUUAAUUAUUAUCUGCUAUCUGAUUGUACUGCACUCUUACUAUUUUCCUAUGCCAAGUUGCCCACCAAGAUUUUCAUGGAAGUUUUUAAACUUUAAUUCUUUAUGGUGAAGGCCUUUCUCUGGAAAUAGUUAAAGGGUUUUGGCAUCAUCAAAAAGGGGGAAAUUGUAAGGAAUAUUUGUAAUUAGAUUUUGAUGAUGCUAGAUUAAUUAGGACUUUAGAGUACCCCUCUUCAGAUUUAAUGUAUUAGAUUUUCCUUUGUAAAAUUCCUUAGCAUAAUCGACUGAGCAGAAGACCUACAGAACAGAAGACCUUCUAAAGCAGAAGGGCUCCAAGGGCAGAAGACCCUUGAUAAGGCAUUAGUUGAACAGAGGACCUUUGGUUCUCUGCUUCAGAACAGAAAACCUCAGGGUCUCUGUUAACCUUUACUCUGACAGAAACCCUCCUGGUUCUCUGUUGGAUAUCCUCUCAACAGAAGUGCUCCAGACCUUCUCUGAUCAACUCUCUGUUAAAGAAACCAGAAGGCCUGACACUUAGAAGAAUUCCACAAAGCCGGGAAAUCAACUGGAAGAUUCCUUCAACGGCUAGGAGACUUGAACGGAAAUGCUACACUGCACGCAUUAAAUGCACAUUUAAUGCUCCCCAUGCUCCGUAGAGUAAUUGCAGAUGAUUGGCCGCAAUGUCAGAAUUACUUUAUCCCAAAAUAGUAACCCGCCAACUUUACCGGGUCCUACUGGUCAAGUCAACUGCUCGCUCAUUUAAUGCAGUUGUCCUCCUUCUCCUCCAACGGGAAGACAACCUCAGUAUAAAAGAUACACUACGAAGAACAACUGGAUAACUUUGCAACUUCGCUAACCUUUGCUACAACUCUGCAUACAAGAAAUUCAAACGCUACAAAGAAAAAAGCCUCCUUGAGAUUAACACUUCAUCAUCCUCUACAAGAGAAGGCAGAAGUUGGAAAAAUCCUUAUUUCCAACUCAAGCAAAGUUCCAAGUGUUCUUCAACUCUUCAAGCUCAUCACAUACAAACUCUUUGUAACGAAGCAAGUUGGAGGAACCCCUGUUCUAAAUAGAACCUCUUCUUUCACAAGAAGGACGUUUAAGUACCUAGAGUUGUGAAGUGGUGAUACUUCUGGGAAAGCUCAAUGAAAGGACCAGUCUUAGGGAAGCCGGAAGUGCAUCCAAGAAGACAUCUACACUUGAAGAAGACGUGGAGAGCUUCUUAAGUGAUAGGGCUAAGGCAUUGUAAACGGAAGUUUUUAUAGCUUAGUGGAACAGUGGACUAGAGGAACAAGUUGUUCCUUGAACCACUAUAAAAAGCACUGGUGUCAUUUACUUACUGCUUUUCAUUCAUAGUUUUUAUUUGAACUGUUUGACUCCAAAGACUUGGUAUCUGUGUUCAGCAGAACUGGUCUUGUUAGUUAACAGAAGGCCUACUGCCUUUGCUUCUCUGAGGCUAUUAACAGAACUCCCUACCAGAACCCCAUCCGCUGCCAGUCUGUUCUGCCAACAGAACAGGCUAUUCUGUUAAAUCUGCUACUUAGCUUGACAAAGUUAAAAAACCAAUACAGUCUAUUCACCCCCCCCCCCUCUAGACUGUAUCCAGUACAACCGGGACCAACAAAGGUAAAGAACUCCCCGAUGGAGGGUGCAUCCUCAAGGCUAUUCGCAAUUUUAAAGUCAAAUAAAUGCUGCUUUACAUACGCCGUCGAGGGUGGGACCCACCCUUUCAUUAGGCGCAGCAAUGCAAUUAAAGUCACCACAAACCAUCCAUGGUUCGACCAAUUGGUCUCCAAUAAAGGUCAAAUGAUCCCAGAGUGCCUUCCUCUCAAGUACCGUAUAUAAAGGAUAGACAAAUGUAAUAAAAAAGGGGUUUGCGUAAUACGACAAACGCACCUAGCAUGCAAAAAUUGUCUAUCUUUUUCCAAAAAUAUGCAAUUUAUUAGAUUAGGGUUCCACAUGGUAGCCAUGCGUCCCCCACCAAUUAGGUCGAAAUUAUUUUCAAAAGUCCAACCCGGCCACUUAUUUAUAACAUAGUUGUUAAAUGCGGCCAAGGUCAUUUUAGUUUCCAAAAAUCCAACUAAGCAAAUAUUAUUUAGCUUAAUAUAGGAAGCGAUUAAAUUAUGUUUAGAGGUCUUAUUUAAACCCCUAACAUUCCACAUCAUGAGUCGCGACAUCAAGAGAGAUAGAGAUCCGUGGUGGGUCCUCCACCCUAGGAAGCUUUCUUCCUUGCACUCCUUCGCUCCCUCCUCAAAAGCUCCUUAUAAUAGUUGACGUUGUUCUUGCUACAAGGAUCAAAAAAGGAUAAUACGUUAGCAAUAAAAAUAUAAGGGUCAAAAUCAUACCAUGUGGCGUUACGUUUGACCCUCGGAAGCUUUAUGAUGUCUUUAUGCGUGAAGUAGAUCCCCGGAGAGUCCUCACUUGUAACCAGUUUGAGAUCAGGCCCAACUUUUAUCAAUGUAUCUCCAUCCGAGAGCUCAUCAAGAUCUAUGAUAGUAGCAAGCGGUCUUUUCUUUUCAUCCAAGAAGACACCGGUAACAAUGUCUUUGGAGCCCAUUUCAUACACGCUCCUAAUAACAAAGCCCCGUGACAUCCUUUCCAAAGCUUCCUUACCAUCCUUAUCCUUAGUAAUCACCAUAAGAUAAUGUUUUUCUUUUGAAUAUUUAACGGUAGGGCUCGGAUUUGUACCCAAAGAUGGAGUGAGUAGACUCCUUGGAAUAGAAAUCCCAUUAUUAGUCACCAAUGGCCUAGGUUGCGACUCCUUAGCAAAAGACGUUGAAGCAACAUCUUUCACCUCUUGCGGUUUCACCUUGGCUUUUCUUUUGUUUCGGAUAACUUCUUGAAAGGGGGGGUCAACCUCAACGGCUAUGCCCUUCCCCUUAUCAAGCACGGUCUCCUUCCCUUUUUGUUGCACCGCGGCAUUCGCCCCAUUGCCCAUAGGCGUGGCAGCUUUGUUGGAAACCAAAUGCGGGUUGAGAACUUUACAAUCAAAGGGGUGAUGGCCAUACGUCUUACAAUGGUAGCAAUACUCCGGGUACGUCUCAUAUAAAACCCUUUGAACAUAUUCCUUGCCCGAUGGAGGAAUGAUUGGAAAAUUAAGGACCAGGGGUUUGGAUACAUCCACUUCAACGAGUACACGAGCAUAUUUUGUAAACGUCUUUUCUUGGGUGACCUUAUCGCUAGUGAUAGGUACCCCAAUAUGGGAAGCAAUUUUCCCAAUCUCUUUAGCACGCCAUAGCCUCAAGUGUAGAUUUGGGAUUCACCCAAAUAGGAACUCUCAAGAACUCUUCACUCUCAAAGGAGAAAUCAUCGGAUAAUGUCUUAAGGAACAUGGUUUUCCCAUAGAGGACAUAAGGGCCCUCGGUGAGUACCUUAACCCGGUCCUCAUCACUUUUGAAUUUGAAAAUAACCCAACCUUUGCUAUGGGUUUUGAUAUCAACUUGGACACCCCAUUUUUUCGUCAUGCCAAAGAUAGCUUUAAGGUUCGGAAACCUACCGGAGAAGUGCCCAACCAAACAAUAACCCCAUAUUUCAAUAAGGGUUGGUACUUCAAGAUGAGAAAAAUCAAGUUUUUCCCCGGUAGGAGGAAAGUAUUCAAGCUUGAAUCCAUUUGAAGGUGCACGGUUGUCCCUAAAUAACGAGACAUACGUCAUUGGUUCUUCCUCAAAGUCUUCAUUCAAAGAAUCCGUAUCAUGGGACCCAAGGGAAAUAGAGCCCUCCGGUUCACCCUUGCUAUGUGGGCUGUUUUCAUCCGAGGUUUCAAUGGUAGGGGCAUCCCUAUCCACAACAGUCUUACACAUAAGUGAGAGUUUAGGUGAUGCCGCGGCAUUAGUAGAGUUGGAAUCCAACCCCACCAGCUUCUCAGCAAAGGACGCCUGUGAUGCCGCGGCUUUAGGAGAUGCCGCGACGUGAUGUCCCUUAGUGCCCACAGAUGCCGCAGGCUUAGUUGAUACCCCAGCCAUGUUGCCUCCAAUGCCCAUAGAAGCUACAUCAUUUGAAGGCUUUGGAUGCUCCUGUGCCUUAGCAAAAGCCCCAGCAGAGUUGGAAAAGAUAGGAUCCAUAGUAUUGAUACCUCCUUCAUUGGGAUUGUCUUUUUUAGCUUCCCCUCCUCCAUAGCAGUUUUUUUGGCCAGUAGGUCUUUCACUUUAUCUUCAAAUUGCUUGUCCUUGGCCGGUGGGGUCCGCAACUGCUUGUUUUUCCUUGUCAUGGCCGAGGCUCAACUAGGAUUCCACAAACAAAAUUGCACAGAAUAAUCCCAAAAUAAUUUUGAAGAUACCCCUCAGCGUAAGGAACAACCUGAUAUGGUUAGUUUUCAAAAAGAACACACAACAAUGCCUGGAAAAGUCCCUAACUGGUUCUGGGUUCGUAGGAAUUACUGUAGCACCUCCCAGGAAGUUGAGAAAGAUGAACAGUAACUCAUAGACCAAAAAUUAGUCAGAAAAAUCCACAAAAAUCACAAAACGUUCUCCUCAAGUAGGAGAAGCUAAUGGUAUAACAAUAUUUCACAAAAAGCAAGCAGAUAAUUCCCAGAAAAUUCAAAGAGCAUGGGUACCUGCGCACAAGUACUGUAGAAAUUCGAAAGUAUGGGAGGAAUUGAAAAGCUUACUCAAAAUUUAUGAAAAAGGUACCAAAAUCUUCGCCUUGGGCAGAUGAUUCUAUUACUGGCCUCAAAACUGAGUUUGAACGACCAGAUUUGGAGAAAAAACAAGGUCAACGGCCUCCUGUGAGCAGUGCACCGUCACAACGGCUCUCUUCAAUAUCCGGUACGGCGGUGGCGUGGUGGCUGGAGACCAAGCGUGGGAGGUGCGCCAGAGGCUGGCGACCCCCAACCAACCUCCUUCUUCCAUAAACAACCCUCCAGAAGCAAAUCGAAGCCAACUUUCUAAUUUGGGAAUAAACAGUGCCCGAAAAAGAGGGAACUUCCAAGAUCUUCGUAGCUUGCUAGAAAUCCAAGAUUUCCCAAAUCCAAUCGGUAGAUAAGAGAGCCCUAUAGAUUCGAGCAAGGAACAGGAAAGAAAUCAAGGAUUAAUCGAUGGAUUUGGUCGAAAGAGCGAAGAACACGAGCGUGCUAAACAGUUCUGACCCAGGUGUGCGAAAAAGUUUAGAGAGAAGUGGGAGGUUUUCUCAACGCGUGUUACGAGGACAAUGUUACUUUUUUUUGGAUGAAAUGUAAAUAUAUAUUGACACCCAAAGAAAAACUAUACAUCAUGGGUUUUAGAUCUCCUAAACCCCCCCACCCCUACCUAGCGUAGGGGUUAGGAGAGGUUUUUAUUCGAUCUAGUCCAAAAUCAAAAAUCAGGGCCUAAGUAUAUUAUACCCAAUGCCCGAGGCUUAAACAAAAUCAGAAUCAGUGCUGCAAGUGUGCACACACAUAGCUCCACCAAAAAAGAAUCAAGCCUAAGUUAAAGGAGGUUAUGGUGUGCUCCUCUAACUCCAAAAAUCAAAACUAAGACGUCGUGAUGCAAGCUGCAUCCAUACUGCUCCACAUGCCGCAGCUUCAGAAGUCUCCCAUGCCGCGGCUUCAUGCCGCGGCUUCAUGCCGCGGCUUUGAAAAGUCCAAAGUCCUCCUCAAAACUUAAUCAUCUCACAUGGGUAUAGGUUGAAGAGUAUCUUAUAUACCACGUGCUUAAUUUUAGCAACUAGCUCAUCUUCAUUCUUGUUUGAGUCAUCAAAACGGUUAGCGUUCCUAGCGUGCCAAAUGUGAUAUAUAGUAGCACAAAAGGCAGCCCGAACAGCUUUUCCCAUCAACUUUGAUCCCUUGUGGUCCUUCAAGAUCCAUUUGACUGAGCUAGACAUCGUGGUCAUUUGAUGCGCCAACCCAAGCCAAGUCCUAAUGCGCUCCCAAACCCUACAAGUGAAAGGGCAAGCAAAGAAAAGGUGUGGCAUUGACUCCAAGCCACCCUUGCAAAGGUCACAUCUAUUCACAAUAUGCAAAUAUUCAAGGUUAUCCUGGGUAGGUAACCUAUUCCGGAACGCAAGCCAAACAUUAAACGAGAAUUUGGGAGGGAUGUAAGAUUUCCAUAUGAAGCUCAUCCAUACCUUAGCCGUCCCCUUUGUUCUCAAUAAUUCAUAAAUUUUGCUCGAAAUCAGUUUACCGUUGAUAGAUCUAGAGGCUAAACCCAUAACAGUAUCAUUUAAGUUAUGAAAAUGACCUUUGAUUUUAUCCCUUGUUAAAGCCAAACUCUUCAUGAAAGUCGAAUCACGGCUGUGUGGGAUGAAGUCCCACACACUUCUGCCCUUGAGGUAAAUCCCAUUAACCCACUUUACCCAAAGAGUGUCCUUCUUAAGGUGGACAUCCCAUAGCGUUCGGGAGAGGAGGGCCUGAUUCCAAACCUUGGCAUUACGAAUACCAAUGCCCCCUUCCCCUUUGGGAAGGCAGAUAUCAUCCCAUGCCACUUUGGCAUACUUCCCCCCCAUAGGAACACUCUACAAAUGGAAACAAUACGAUCCAAGAUGGUCCGAGGUACGGGAAAGACUUGGAGCCAAAAGGAUUGGACCCCUUGGAUCACAGAUCUAACUAGCUCAAUCUUCCCGGCAUAAGAAAUAGAUUUUGUAUUCCAUGCAUUCAAAAAGUCUAAAAUUGUAUCAAGCAAGGGGGCAUAUUGUGCCACCGAGACUUUAAGAGGGGCAAGGGGAAUCCCUAAGUAUUUAACCGGAAACUCACCCUUCCCAAAAUCAACUAUGUCCAUAAUGUUUUGUAACUCAAAUUCAUUAACCCCACGUAUAAAGAUGUUAGAUUUGUUGUAAUUCACCCUAAGGCCCGAUGCAUCCCCAAAUUCUUGUAGCGCUUUGACAAGAGUUUCAAUUGAGACCUUGUCACCCCUAGAGAAUAGCAUUAGAUCAUGUGCAUAGGCCAAAUGCGCAAUCUUAAGAGGCUCUCAUUUAGGAUGAAAUUUAAAAUUCGGAUUUUUGGUUUUCAAGUUAAGAAGUCGAGAAAAGUAUUCAAGGCAUAGCACAAAUAAGAGGGGAGACAUUGGAUCUCCUUGACGAAUACCCCUUUUUCCCUCAAAAAACCCAUAAAGUGAUCCGUUUAGAGAAACAGAAAACGAUGUCGUGGUAACACAUGCCAUAACCCAACCCACAUAUCUCAAAGGGAGGCCCAGGCCCUUGAGAACCGCCUCAAGGAAAUCCCAAGAAAUAGUAUCAUAGGCCUUACGCAAAUCCACCUUGAUCAUACAUCUUGGUGAAAUUCGCUUUCUCGUGUAUCCUCUAACAAGUUCCUGAGCAAGGAAGAUGUUAUCAAUCAUGAGACGGCCAUCCACAAAAGCGCCUUGGGCAUGAUCAAUUAAUCCCGGAAGACACGGAAUUAAUCUAUCCGCAAGAAUUUUCGUAAUAACUUUGUAUAGGACAUUCGUACACGAGAUGGGUCUAUAGUCCGAAACUUUUGGGGAGUGGUUUGUUUUUGGGAUAAGUGCUAUGACAGUGUGGUUGAUCUGUUUUAGCAACUUUCCCAAACUAAAAAACUCCUUAACCGCUAGGACUAUGUCAUUCCCAACAACAUUCCAAUUCGCCUUAAAGAAGGCAGAUGAAAAUCCAUCCGGACCCGGAGCCUUAUCAUUGCCAAUAUCAAAUAGGGCAUUUUUAAUGUCCAACGAUGUUACCGGGGCAAUGAGGCUCGCAUGAGCACUUGGCUCAAUUGAUGGACCCGAAGGUAAAACCAAGGGGUCCAGGUCCAGGCAGGUGGCAUUAGUUCCAAAUAAAUCAAUAAAAAAGUUUACAAAUUCAUUUCCCACUUGAUCCAAAGAGGUGGUAAGGGUACCAUCCUCCAAGGUAAGUGAUGAGAUAGCAUUCCUUGUCAGGUUCCUCUUGACGAUUGCAUGGAAAUAUUUGGUGCACCUGUCCGCCUCAAGUAUAUGCGUAGCCUUAGCCCUCCGUUGGAAGAAGGAUGUUUUGGCCUCACCUAGGAAAAUAGCAUUCUUUGAAGCCAUGGACAGUUGGGCCUUGAUUUCUUGAUCCCCCGGAUCCAGAAAUGCCAAUUUAUGCAACCGUUUGAACUCUUCCUUUGCCCUCUUUGCCCUACAAGAAAUAUGACUAAAUUCCGUGGCGUUGAGAUUUUUUAGGGGCCGUUUAAGUCCCUUAAGUUUCUUCACCAACCUGAAUUGAGCCGUACCUACAAAGUUCUGACUCCAAUGCGAGGCUAAGAUAUUAGCAAAAUCAGUGUGUUUAAGCCACAUAUUAAAAAAUUUAAACGGUUUGGGUCUAGAAGAGGAGUUUAAGAGUAUUGACACUACGGAUGCCGUAUGGUCAAACUCGACCUCCAUUUCAUGGAAAUGGACCCUACAACCAAUGCUUUUGAUUCCCCACACAUCAUUUAUUAGUACACGGUCCAAUUUUGCCCAAAGUGCGCCUUUGUUCCAAGUGAAGAACUCUCCCGUGGAGGGUGCAUCUUCAAGGCUAUUGGCAACCUUAAAGUCAAAUAAAUGUUGCAUUACAUACGCCGUAGGGGGGGUGGGACCCACCCUUUCAUUGGGCGUUGCAAUGCAAUUAAAAUCGCCACACACCAUCCAUGGUUCGGACACUUGGUCCCCAACCAAAGUCAAAUGGUCCCAAAGGGCCUUCCUUUCUAGGACCGUGUAUAGUGGAUAGACAAACGACACAAAGAAAGGGGUUUGUGUAAUGCAACACACACACCUAGCAUGCAAAAAUUGUUUAUCUUUUUCAAGAAAAUCCACCUUGAUUAAGCUCGGAUUCCACAUAACCGCAAUUCUACCUCCAUUAAUCAAGUCAAAAUUAUUUUCAAAAGUCCAACCCGGCCACUUAUUUGAAAUAUAGUUAUUUAAUGUGGCCAAAGUCAUUUUAGUUUCCAAAAAGCAUACAAAACAAAUAUUAUUUGAUUUGAUAUGAGAUGCAAUUAAAUUAUGUUUAGAGGCCUUAUUUAGGCCUCUAACAUUCCAUACCAAACAUUUUGUCAUCAAGUGAGAUAAAGGUCCGUGGUGGGGCCUCCACCCACGGUUGCACUCUUCCUUGCACUCCUUCUUUCUCUCCUCAAUAGCUCCUUGAAGUAGUUGACAUUGUUUUUGCUUCAAGGAUCAAAGAAGGAGAAAACAUUAGCAAUAAAAGUGUUAGAGUCGAAGUCAUACCAAGUGGAGUUGCGUUUCACCCCCGGGAGCUUAAUUAUGUCACGGUGCGUGAAAUAGAUCCCUGGAGCAUCUUCACUUGUAACCGGUUUGAGAUCAGCCCCAACUUUUAUAAGUGUAUCCCCAUCCGAUAACUCAUCAAGGUCGAUUAUAGUAGCAAGCAUUCUUUUCUUUUCAUCCACAAACACCCCGGUAACAAUGUCUUUGGAGCCCAUUUCAUACACGUUCCUAAUAACAAAGCCCCUCGGCAUCUUUUCCAAAGCCUCCUUGCCAUUUUCGUCUUUAGUGAUAACCAUAAGAUCAUGAUUUUCUUUUGAGUACUUGACUGUAGGGCUCGGCUUUAUAGCUAAAGUAGGAGAGAGUAGACUCUUUGGAAUAGAAAUUCCAUUGUUAGUCACCAAUGGCUUAGGUGGCGGCACCUUGGCAUAAGACGUUGAAGCAACAUCUUUCACCUCUUGUGGUUUCCCCUUUGUUUUCCUUUUGUUUCGAACAACCUCUUGAAAUGGUGGGUCAACUUCAUUUGCUACGCCCUUCCCCUUAUCAAUCAUGGCCGCAUUCCCUUUUUGUUGUCCCGCGGCCUUUGUUCCAUUAGCCUUAGGAGCCGGAACUAAGUGAGGAUUGAGCACUUUGCAAUCAAAAGGGUGGUGGCCAUACAUCUUGCAAUGGUAGCAAUACUCCGGGUGCGUUUCAUAUAGGACUCGUUGGACAUACUCCUUGCCCGAUGGAGGAAUGAUAGGAAAAUCAAGGACCGGGGGCUUGGAUACAUCCACUUCAAUGAGUACACAGGCGUAUUUGGUAAAAGUCUUUUCUUGGGUAACCUUAUCCGUGGUGAUAGGCACCCCAAUUUGGGAAGCAAUUUUCCCAAUCUCCAUAGCACGCCAUAGCCUCAAGUGUAGAUUUGGAAACUUUACCCAAAUAGGAUCAUCGGAUAAUGUUUUAAGGAACAUUGUUUUCCCAAAUAGAACAUAUGGGCCUUCGGUGAGUACCUUAACCCGGUCCUCAUCACAUUUGAAUUUGAAGAUAACCCAACCUUUGCUAUGGGUUUUGACAUCAACUUGGACACCCCAUUUUUUAGUCAUGCCAAAAAUAGAUUUUAGGCCCGGAAACCUACCAGAAAAAUGGCCAACCAAACAGUAGCCCCAUAUCUCAAUAAGGGUUGGCACUUCAAGAUGAGAAAAGUCAAGUUUUUCCCCGGUAGGAGGAAAAUAUUCAAGCUUGAUUCCAUUGGAAGGUGCCCGGUUGUCCCUAAAUAAAGAGACAUAGGUCAUAGGUUCCUCCUCAAAAUCUUUAUAAAGUGACUCAGUGUCAUGGGACCCAAGGGAAAUGGAGCCCUCAAGAUCAUCAUUGUUAUGGGGGCUGUUUUCAUCCGAAGUUUCAACGAUAGGUGCAUCCGGGUCUUCCACAGUUUUGCAAACCAAUGAUAGUUCAGCUGAUGUCGUGGCAUUCGAAGAGUUGGAGUCCAUCCCUAGUAGCUUCUCAGCGAAGGACACCUGUGAUGUCGCGGCUUUAGGAGAUGCCGCGGCUUUAGUAGAUACCGCGGCAUAGAUGCCACGGCAUAGAUGCCAUGCCCAGUAGCACCCUCCGGUGUCACACUCUUGGACAAAGUCCCAACCAAGUUUCCAUCACUCCCCAUAGAGGCUACAUCACUUGAUGACCCAGAAUGCCCCUGCACCUUAGCAAAAGCCCCAGAAGAGUUAGCAAAAAUAGGAUCCAUAGAAGGGGAUAACUCCUUCAUUGGAUUAGCCUUUUUCAACUUGCCCUCCUCCAUAGCAGCUUUCUUGGCCAGUAGGUCCUUGACCUUGUCUUCAAAUUGCUUAUCCUUAGCCGAUGGGGUUCGCAAUUGUUUGUUUUUCCUUGUCAUGGCCGAAGCUUAACAAGGAGUCAACAAUCAAAAAUGUGCAAAACAGACCCAAUAAAGUUUUGGAGAAGCCCCUCAACUUAUGUAACACCCUGCCAUGGUUAGUUUUCACAAGAAACACACAACAAAGCCAGGAAAAUUCUCUAAUCAGUUUUGGAUUCGCAGGGUUACUGUAGCACCUAACCGUUGGGGAAGAUGAACAUUAACACUUGAAAUCAAAACUAAACAGAAAAAUUUCAAAAUUUCACAGAAUGUUCUUCACAACACGGCGAAGCUAAUGGUGUAACAAUAUCCCACAAAACGUAAGCAAAAACUACCCAAUAAAUUCGAAAAACCAAAGUACCUGCGCACAAAUACUGUAGACUUCGAAAAUAAGGGAAGAAUUGAAAAGCUUACUCAAAUUCCGUGGAAGAGGUACGAAUAGCUUCGCCUUGAGCAGAUGGUUGUAUCGGUAGCGUCAAAAUAGAGAUUGAACGACCAAAAACGGAGAAAAACCGAAGUCAACGGCCUCCUGUGAACAGUACACCGCCGCAACGGCUUUCUUCAAACUCCGGUACGGGUUGGGAAUUAGGGUUCGAUUCCGGAGACGGGUGACGGAGAAUUAGGGUUCGAUUGAAUGACGCGAGUUGGGAAUUAGUGACGCGAGUUGGGAAUUCUCCGCCUUCUCUCUAAACUAUUUCACACCCCUGGGUCGGAAUUGUUUUGAACGCUCGUGUUCUUCGCUCCUGGGACCAAAUCGUUCGUUUAAUCCUGGAUUUCCUUCUUGUUCCUGGCUCGGAAUCUUAAGGGCUUUAUCAUCUAUCAUUUGGUUUUGAAAAAUCUUGGAUUUUUAGCCGGUUACGAACUUCUUGGAAGUUCCAGAGUUUUCGG